GUACACAGACUACCGUCAUAUCACUAGAGUUACAAAUACCCAAGCGGCCAGGAUAUUCGUUACGCAAAAGGUUGAACAAUGGAAACAAUUGAAGUGACAGGGGUAGACGGAAAUGCUAAGGUGAAAAACUCAACAGCGGUUGGGAUUCAAAGCAGUGGCGGAGAACUUCCAUCACAGAUAGGUAUCAAGAAAAUGAAAGUGACGGGUGUCAAGGGUAAUGCUGAGGUAUACAAUUCUGUCGCUACUGGCAUUGAUAACGGCAAAAUGGGAUCAAUUGAAAACAGACAGCAAACGUACAAUAUUGAAAAUGCCCACGGCGUCGUAGUUGGGCAGGACAUGCGAGGCGCAACUGUGGAUCAAGGGGGAAUCACAGGGCAAAGAUCAGGACCCAAGACAUACUUCGAAGGAAAAGCUCUUUCGGACAUCUCUGAGGUGGACAUUAUUGGUCUCCUACAUGAGAAGAAGCUAGAGAAACACAUUCCACUGUUCCAGACACAUGGCAUUGAUGGUGAUUUAUUGUCUCAGCUCGACGAGGAUGAACUUAAAGCCUUUGGCAUUGACGACUCGUUUGAAAAGAAGAAAAUACUGAAUCUGAAGAAAUGUCUUCCAAAAUAAUAUAUAAUAGCACAAUCUUAUGGACAAUUUAAUAAUCAUGUGUAAUGCACUGCCGUGCCGAUGCUAUGCAUGCCAAUAUGAAUUAUCUGAUGGCUGCUCACUGUAUUUAGAUCCACAGACACUUCCUUUAUCAUUUGAACCGUAGUUUUAGCAUUGCAUAAUUUUAUCAUCCAUUAUAACAUAAUAAACAUUGAAUUUGA